AUGCAAAGCCGUGCCCGUUUCUUGGAAUUUCAACUCUUAACCGCGAGAUUACUCGAGGUUCAAGCACAUUUGCCACGCAAGCACCACAGCGCUCACCUCAACGAUCAAAACACGGACGAUUACAAGGAGAACGGGGUAGAGAUUGACUGCGAUACUGACAACGAAAAUGAUAAGGAGGCCGCUCACGUGGACAUUGGGCAUAAAGAUAUAGGCGACUUCAACAUGAGCGAUCAGGAUGAAGACGAGGCUGGCGGUCGCACCUCAACGAAGUCGAUGGACUCUCGGAAACUGCAUAAGCGAAAUCCAGCGCAAGAGAGAGACGAAGUGAUCGUGAAUAGCUUUGACGGACAUUCCGACGCGGAAAAUGCGAUACACAGGCCGUCAUUCGCGUCGUAUAAUAUAAACCCGAUCCCGUACCCAUCGACAGAUUUAUCCAAUAUGACCUUCCCAUCAAGAAUGCCCUCUAUUUCACAAAUGCAACCAUCAUACGAUGCCCUCGUGCCCCAGCCAUACGCACCGGUUUUUGAUGAUAUCACCAUCACGCCAUGCUAUGAUCUGGUACAAGAGUCAUAUGCAUUUUCCUCAACGCUGCAGAAUGCAAAUUACUUAGCGGCCCCCGAGCAUGAGGAUGAGAACGGGUUGUCAACUUCCGAUAAAAGAGUGUUAGACUAG